AUGGCUGCAUCGUUGCUGGCUGAUGGCCGCUUAUCACUGCUACGGUCGUGGCAGUCGAAAUGUGUCUUGCAGCAACGCUCGUUCCAGUCGCUCACGGUCAUUGGACAUGGAUACAGUGCCAGAGUGGGUGGAUGUCUCCAUCAGAGCCCAGUGCACGAGCACUCUGUCUUGAAUAAACGAGUCAGGAGUGCAGCGGCAGCAAGAUUUCUAUGUGAUGCUCCAGCAGCACCGCCGCCGCCACCACCAAGUGGAGAUGGUUCGGGCAAGCGACAUGGACAUCGCGAUGAAAUCCGUACAUCCGGCGUGACAACUACAGGCAAUCCAGGAGAUAGCUACGGAAAGUACGAUGCUAUCAGACACGACGGAGCAGUUGCUCCAGAAUCAGUAGCAGAUGGUGGCUCAGCAGUAGGAAACCUAAAGCCAUUUGGUCCGCAUCUGCGCCGCCGUCGCUUCCGUACAGAGGAGCAACGUCUUACCUAUUUCAGACAUUUAGUCAAUCGACGUAGCGCCAAGACGUAUGUUCUCAAAUUGUUGAAGCAGGGUAGAAUUCCGAAAGGGGUUAGAGUCACCAAGUUCCACCAACCUAGACCGUCCCGUAAACUUGGCUUGCUGAUAAAAGAUCCGAUUGCAGAGAAACGGAAGGAGAAGAAGUUGUUGGCGUCCCUCUCACCAAUUGAGCGGGAGAAGCGCAAAGAGCUCUUCAAACUUGGUGUCUACAAGCGUUCUCUUGAAAUGAAAACACUGAGAGAUGUCAAAGCCAAGGAGGAGCGUCUGCUAGCGUUCAAGCUCUUUGAGGAGGACGAUCCAUCAGCUGUAGCCAAGCUGACAGAGGGGGAGAAGAUGAAGAUCUGGUCUGGCCGCAGUGACUCUUCGCCUCAGUUCAGCGCAUGGAGAGAGGAGACGAAUUUUGAUCCUAACCAAGUGUUUGACCCGCCGCAGCCAGCACCGUGCUACAAAUGGCGCAGAGGAGAUUCCAUGUACGCCAAUCAGUACAGUCAAGGCAUCAUGCAGCCCACUGAACCGUAUCUGCUCCGCGUCACCAUUGUUGGAGCGCCUUCCGCAGGAAAGUCCACUCUCAUGAAUCGCCUCGUCAAGCAUAAGUCUCUGCUACGUCAGCACUUUCCACAGACCACUCGCUCUCGCAUCCUGGGUAUACUCACCGAAGGGCGCACACAGAUCGUUUUUGCCGACACGCCUGGUCUUGUUCCGUUUGCCUUUGCUCGCAAGAAGGGCUUGCCCGACUCGUUGACCCGUGGGGCGUUCCACUCCUUACUUGGAUCAGACUUGGUCAUGGUGGUGACAGAUGCAUCCAACAAGAUCAACACCAUCCACCCCAGCGUACUGAAGCUGCUCAAGGAAAAUGACAAGAUACCAUCUAUUCUGGUCAUGAACAAGAUUGAUGAGGUGAAGCAGAAGCAUCUUCUUAUGGAUCAUAUCUUCACGCUGACGAAUGGCAUGACUUCUGAGAAUCCUGUUGUACCGAUGGAGAACACCUAUGCCAUGCCUAAAGAUCCGAACGAUCAAGACGAAGGCCAGGAGCAACUGAUGAUUGAGCCGCCAGAGUUUGGAUCCAGUCCCGAAGCCAUUGCUGCGGCCGAAGAGAUUGAUGAGCACGGUGACGAGUUGCUGCCAGAUUUAUCUCUUCCGAGCAGCUUAGGCGAUGCUCAGGACGGUGAUUUCUCUCAGGCUCCUCUUCACUCCACUAAGACAGGAGGCAGUGAUGAAGGCGUUCCUGUUGACACUGCCGUAAUUGGAGCUGUCGGUAGUGAAGAUCAACCUGAGCUCUUCAACGAGCCACAGCAGAAGGAUAGACAGCUAACGUCGUUGAUGGGAUCAAAGUCGAGCAGCAGCGGUAGCAUGGAAGUCCUGGCCAAGGCACGCGGUGAUGACAUUGACACUGGCAAUGGCAAUGGCAGUGUGCCAGCACCCUGGGCGGGUCUGCCAUACGAGCCCGCUCUGAUCCGCGUCAAUGAGAACACCGUGCUGAAAGUGCCGCCGCCACCCAAUCUUGUCGGCGAUCCAGACGAGCGCGGUAGCACGUUGGCCGACCUCUCCACCGGCGUUGUUCCGUACACCACCGACACGUACAAGCCCAAGAAGCCAAUGAAGCGGGACGUCAUUCCCGAAGAGCCCUACAUCGACGAGGACGGUGUGGAGGUGUUGCAUCCGCGAUGGAAGAUCAAGUUGCAGCCGCAGACGUAUUGGGAGAACUUUGAGGAUGUGUUCCUGGUGUCUGCACAUACCGGUGAUGGCUUGGGAAAACUGAUGGUGUGCUUGCAUAACCAUGCCAAGCCAAACAACUGGAUGUUCCCGUCAGAGGACGUCAGUGACAUGGAGCCGCAAGAUAUUGUUGAGGAGGUCAUCCGUGACCAUCUCUUCAAGUAUUUGAGAGAGGAGCUGCCAUACCAGAUAACACAGCAUAACGAUACCUUCCAGGCUGGCCGUGAUCGUCUGUUCAUAGCACAGCAGUUGAUUGUCACCAAGGACAGUCAUGUGCGCUUUGUUGCUGGCCCGCAAGGUACCAAGCUCCGCGCUACGCGCAUCGCUUGCCAGAAUGCCCUGACCAAGAUCUUCGGCUGCCCGGUCUUGUUGAAGAUGCACAUCACGCUCAAGGGUCGGAACAAGACCUCGUCGGAUAGGGCGCCGGCAGAACUCAAGAUGACCGAGAGAGUAGCCAAGAGAGUGCAGAGGUCCAUUCUAGCAGGCCAGCAGGGAGAGAGACGCGAGAAUCUCCUCAAGCUUCGCCAACAGUUGCAGGAAACAAAGGAGCAGAGCAAGUCACACGACGCGCCGAAUGAGGAAACGCGGUGAAACCGCUCUGGUCACCCUGAGUGACCUCCUACGUUCUUCUUCUCCGCCAUGAGCCAGUGGUGAAUGCACUGUGCAGUGUACAAUCUCUGUUCAGCUGACACACUGCCGUGGCAACCUACACACCGUUGAUUGGACCAGUUCUUUCUGCAAACUGGAGUCACUCUAAGUUUAGUGAGGACAUGUGUCUUCAUCGUCUUCUUUUCUUUUGUGGAAAAGGACAUGUCGGUGCUGGUACACCGCGGCUGUAGCCAUGUGUGGCGGAAUAGGACAACUCUGGUGGACUUGAAAGACUUGGCAUCCCGAUGCUGCUCACUCCCGUCUGCUGAUGUGCAGAUGGCCUACAUGUAUAUUUUCACUAUUGCCUCGUGUUUCAGAGUACUUUCCUCUUACUUGUUUUCACGGUGACAGCGUGAACAAGGCGAGGACGUAAUGUAUGGGAACGUCCUCGCCGUAUCGUUAAAACAUGUUACCUAGCAGGCAAGGCUUGCAUUCUAUACUUUCCUCUUACUGUACAGACGCCUGGAUCGGUGAUAGCCUGGUGGGCAGGAAAGCAUUUGUACCGUUCUACCCCCAUAGAACCCCGGCACGGCAGGCACAUUAACCGCAGCUGGACAUUUGUUGAGCCCUGUACCCCCUCCCUGCCUGCUUCUAAGUCAAAGCCGAAUCUGGCCAGAGAUUGUCAUGUUCCUGCGGCUGGCAAAGUUGAUGCUGUUUUCGUUUCAAGGAUACGUAGCACUAAACUGUCUGCUGUUCCUUUGGUCGUCAAAGCUCCGCAUCUCUAAGCUACUUCAAAGUACUUAUCGCAUCAGAGAACCUGAAUUCGGACUUCGUAACUUGACAAAAAUACUCACAAGAUCAA